CCAUUGCGCGCGCCUCCCGGGAGUACAGCCCAGCUCCUGGCUUUUUCAUAAACGCACGGGCAAUUGAAUACAAAAAGGGCAGGCCUCCUGCACCCUCCUUCCCACCCCCCUUCCUGCCCUGGGUGUGGAGCACCGGCCAGGUGUGGGCUUGGGUGGUUGGUUACCGCCUUUUGCACUGGCGGCAGCGAGGAGGGGGGGUGGGCGCUCUUUCUUUUUCUCUUAGAAGAAGGUUUUAGCACAGGUUUUCUCGUUCUCACUUCCACCCCGCCUCACCGCCUCCCGACCCCCCUUCUUCCCCUCCCCACCUAUCGUCAUGACGGCGUCUCCGGAUUACUUGGUGGUACUUUUUGGGAUCACUGCUGGGGCCACCGGGGCCAAGCUGGGCUCGGAUGAGAAGGAGCUGAUCCUGCUGUUAUGGAAAGUCGUGGAUCUGGCCAACAAGAAGGUGGGACAGUUGCACGAAGUGCUAGUUAGACCGGAUCAGUUGGAACUGACCGAGGAGUGCAAAGAAGAAACUAAAAUAGACGCCGAAAGCUUAUCCUCCGCGCCUCAGCUGGACCAAGCCCUCCGACAGUUUAACCAAUCAGUGAGCAAUGAACUCAAUAUCGGGGUAGGGACUUCCUUCUGUCUCUGUACUGAUGGGCAGCUUCAUGUCAGGCAAAUUCUGCAUCCUGAGGCUUCCAAGAAGAAUGUAUUACUACCUGAAUGCUUCUAUUCCUUUUUUGAUCUUCGAAAAGAAUUUAAGAAAUGUUGCCCUGGUUCACCUGAUAUUGACAAACUGGAUGUUGCAGCAAUGGCAGAGUGUUUAAACUUUGAGAAGAAUAGUUCAGUCUCCCGUUAUGGAGCCUCUCAAGUUGAAGAUAUGGGGAAUAUAAUUUUAGCAAUGAUUUCAGAGCCUUAUAAUCACAGGUUUUCAGAUCCAGAGAGAGUAAACUACAAAUUUGAAAGUGGCACUUGCAGCAAGAUGGAACUUAUUGAUGAUAACACUGUAGUCAGGGCACGAGGUUUACCAUGGCAGUCUUCGGAUCAAGAUAUUGCAAGAUUCUUCAAAGGACUCAAUAUUGCCAAGGGAGGUGCAGCACUUUGUCUGAAUGCUCAGGGUCGAAGGAAUGGAGAAGCUCUGGUUAGGUUUGUAAGUGAGGAGCACAGAGAUCUAGCACUACAGAGGCACAAACAUCACAUGGGGACCCGGUACAUUGAGGUUUACAAAGCAACAGGUGAAGAUUUUCUUAAAAUUGCUGGUGGUACAUCCAAUGAGGUAGCUCAGUUUCUUUCCAAGGAAAAUCAAGUCAUUGUCCGCAUGCGGGGGCUGCCUUUCACAGCCACAGCUGAAGAAGUGGUGACCUUCUUUGGACAGCAUUGCCCCAUCACUGGAGGGAAGGAAGGCAUCCUCUUUGUUACCUACCCAGAUGGCAGGCCAACAGGGGAUGCUUUUGUCCUCUUUGCUUGUGAGGAAUAUGCACAGAAUGCGUUGAGGAAGCAUAAGGACUUGUUGGGUAAAAGAUACAUUGAACUCUUCAGGAGCACAGCAGCCGAAGUGCAGCAGGUGCUGAAUCGGUUCUCCUCGGCCCCCCUCAUUCCACUUCCAACCCCUCCCAUUAUUCCAGUACUACCUCAGCAAUUUGUGCCCGCGACAAAUGUUAGAGACUGUGUACGUCUUCGAGGUCUUCCCUAUGUGGCCACAAUAGAGGACAUCUUGGACUUCCUGGGGGAGUUCUCCACAGAUAUUCGUACACAUGGGGUUCACAUGGUAUUGAAUCACCAGGGCCGCCCAUCAGGAGACGCCUUUAUCCAGAUGAAGUCUGCAGACAGAGCAUUUAUGGCUGCGCAGAAGUGUCAUAAAAAAACCAUGAAGGACAGAUAUGUUGAAGUCUUUCAGUGUUCAGCUGAGGAGAUGAACUUUGUGUUAAUGGGGGGCACUUUAAAUCGAAAUGGCUUAUCCCCGCCGCCAUGUAAGUUACCAUGUUUGUCUCCUCCUUCCUACACAUUCCCAGCUCCUGCAGCAGUUAUUCCCACAGAAGCUGCCAUUUAUCAGCCCUCUGUGCUUUUGAAUCCACGAGCCCUGCAGCCCUCCACAGCGUACUACCCAGCAGGAACGCAGCUCUUCAUGAACUACACGGCCUACUAUCCCAGCCCCCCAGGUUCGCCUAAUAGUCUUGGCUACUUCCCUACAGCUGCUAAUCUUAGCGGUGUCCCUCCACAGCCUGGCACGGUGGUCAGAAUGCAGGGCCUGGCCUACAAUACUGGAGUUAAGGAAAUUCUUAACUUCUUCCAAGGUUAUCAGUAUGCAACCGAGGAUGGACUUGUACACACAAAUGACCAGGCCAGGACUCUACCCAAAGAAUGGGUUUGUAUUUAAGGGUCCCAGCAGUUAGACCAUCCUCAGAAAAGAAGUGUUUGAAAGAUGUAUGGUGAUCCUGAAACCAUCAGACACAAGAAAACUUCUAGCAACUUCAGGGGAAGUUUAUCUACACUCAGGCUGCAGUAUUUUCAGCAAACAUGAUUGGACAGUGGAGCUGUGCCUUAUCUUUUGGUGGAGUGAAAAAUUUGAGCCAGUGAAGCCAAAUCCUUACAGCGAAGCAGCUCCUUGCUGAGUGCAAAUAAGCAUUUAAAAUGUGAAUUUGAAAUCAAACGUCUCUUAUUACUUUCAGCUAAAGUGGCAGCACAGGUGUUUCCUAAGUUUAAGUCUUGGAUUAAAAAAUAUUCCACUGGUUAUCUACCAUCUCCACCAUGAACCUGUUAUGGAAGCUUCAUUUCUGUAUAUCCCCCCUCCCUUUUUUUUUGCCAUCUCCCUGUUCUCUGCACAAUCAUGCCUUCUUGGCUAAGUAAUUCAAGCCCAUGGCCUUGGACACGUAAAUCACAAACUUAAGGAAUAAAAUAAAACUAAUAUUUUCCGAAUUUCUUGGCCAUCAUGAUGUCUUAUAGUUAAAAAACAAUUCACAUGAUUUUUAAAACACCUGAGGCAAGCUGGGGGGUUGUGGCUCAGUGGUAGAGAGCCCUUGCCUAGGAUGCAUAAGGCCCGGGUUCAAUCCCCAGCACCACACAAAAAAACAAACAUCUGAGGAGAAAGGUAAUACCCUCCACAACACAUGUAUAGUUGAAAGGUUUAGAUCUUUUUCUCAGCAGGUACCAGUUGUAAAUAAAAAUGAAGUAGGGGCCAAAAUGCGGAACCAAAAAUGAAGCAGCUACAUGUAGGUAGUAAUUUCUAGAUAAACCUGCAACUGAAUAUUGCGGCUUCUUAUGUAUUAUUUUAUAUUGUACUUUUUCAUUGUUGAUGGUUUGGACUUUAAUAAGAGAAACUCCAUAGUUUUUAAUAUCACAAAAAUGAGACUAUUUGAACAGUGUAUUCUAGAAAGCAAUCUACUAACUGAAGUGAAUGCUUGUACAUAUUAAUAUUGCCUUAAACCUUUUUCUCUACUGCCUUAACUAUCAAAACAAUUAAAACUUUUUAAAAGCAUAGGACUGUAGUCAGCAUGCUAGACUGAGAGGUAAACACUGAUGCAGUUAGAACAGGUACUGAUGUUGUCAGUGUUUAGCACUAUGUGUUUAGCUGUGUUUAUGCUACAAAAGUGCAAUAUUAGACGCUAGCUAGUACUGCUGCCUCAUGCAAUUCCAAAGAGGAAAAAAGGAUUUAAUUAAGUGCACAUAUUUCUUUGUUACUCAUAUUGUCCUUUGCUUGGAUGCAAUGCCAUGCAGAUUUUUGUGGCUGCUAUUUUUAUUUACUUUGCCUUACUUAGAUUAACACCUUGAAUGGAGAGCCAAAUAUUACUCUUUACCUGACCAGCAAUGGCCCUUUAACUGCAACAGGGGAGGGAGGAGAAAAACAUCCCAAAAUAUUUUUGUGUGAAAAUUGGCACUUAAGAUCAGAUAAAAAAGUUAUUUGUACUUGAUGUCUUAAUAUGCUCUCUGCCCAAAGCUCUGAAAGACUAAUGUAGUCAGAAAUACUUAUAACAAUACUACUGAGUUUUUGUAGAAUUGUUACAUUUGAUAAUAAAACUUGCCUGCUUAAUCUCAA